AUGAAUACAGACUCAGCAAAUCUUCUCCCUCCACAACAACAACCAUCCGUUUCUUCUCCUAAAUUUUCCAAAUCAUCCGUUAUGAUGGGGGAAUCCUCAUCAUUGGAAAAUCGGUUGAGAAUAUUGCUUCCUCCCAUUCAACAGCAGCAACAGCAACAACACCUCCCACAAGCCUUAUCUCCUGCUUCAUCCGCACCCGUAAGCAGCAACACAGAAGAUACCAUCUCUCGACCCUCCGUCAAUCCGUUGAGAAACGAUUCCGAAACAUCUGCAGAUGUACAUCGACUGUUCCAUCACGUAAAGAUACCACUCCACGACAGCAUGAUUCCUCAACAACAAGCAACUUCUCAACUUGAGGCAACUCCAAACUCCAAACCUUCCUUUCCAUUGAGUUUACAACUUCAGAACCUUUUGCCCUCUCCAAAUGGUUUCUCCCAAAAAGAACCCGAACUCACAUCGGUGCGCUCAAUAUCGUCCAAAAGUCAUUCUUUGAGAAUAACAAGUGCCACGUCCACUUCGUCAUCCCCACAACAACAUAGAAUACCACCUUCUUUCUCCUCAACACCGAAAUCAGCGUCAUCAAAACUCCAAGCUCCACUCUCUGCUCGUGUUAGAAAAUCAGACUAUUGGAAGAUGGAAGAACCAGUGAUUAAACAACAAGCAACACCACCCUCAAAAGCUUCUUCCUCUUUCAAUGGUUGCGUUUCCUGUGGUAAGGAUAAUGUCACACUCUCAACUACAUCUGAUGAAGUCCUUUCUCCUCCGGAACAGCACAAUUCCUCUCGAAAAAGUCCAAACAAACAUCAUGAACGACACUGGAAUACCAGAAUAGAUCGAAAAUUGAAGGAUCUGGAAUUCUUUUAUUCGGGAGGUCCUACACGAGUGUGUCACAUGAAAUAUCUUGACGAUGAGGACACAAGUUAUUAUAACAAUAUCUCUUUGAAACAACCAUCAUCUCCAAUGAUUAAUCUAAAAGACGCUACACCAAAACCUGCAAAGAUAAAGCAACCCUUAACUCCUGAAGUGAUUGAAAAACGAAGGAAAAACAAAGAAAGACUGAAAAGCAUCAACGAAAAACUCCAUCAAUGCAAACAAGAUAUCAAGAAAACUCACGAGCAAGUUGAGAAGAGGAUGGAACAACUGGAAUUAUUGGAACGUUUAGCGAAUAAAAGCAGUCUUUAG